CGCUGCAGUGCGAACGGAAAGUGGGAAAACAAGAGUCGGUGGUUGUAAAGCCGGUGCCCCGCGCGUGGGCUGUGGAUCUAGAGUUUUUCUUCUGCAAGUAGUAGUUGUUCGUGACUUGAUUACCCUGCUUGGAAGCAUCUUCAUUGGCUAGACAUGGGUUGCCGUGACGUUCAUGCUGCAACAGUCCUGGCUUUCCUUUCUGGAACAGCUGCCUUAUCAGGACUUAUCGCUGCCGCCCUGCUUCCCAACUGGAGACAAAUGCGACUAUGCACCUUUAACAAAAACGAAAAGAAUGUGACGGUUUACACUGGACUCUGGAUUAAGUGUGUUCGUUUUGACGGAAGCAAAGACUGUGUGAUUUAUGACACUGAGUGGUAUACAGCUGUGGAUCAGUUGGAUUUGCGCAUCCUCCAGUUUACUCUUCCCAUAAGCAUGUUAACUACGGUGUUGGCUCUGUUUCUCUGUUUGAUUGGCAUGUGUAACACAGCCUUCAUCUCAUCUGUGCCAAACAUCAAGCAAGCCAGAUGUCUCAUAAACAGCGCAGGUUGCCAUCUUGUGGCCGGCCUCUUCUUUCUCCUUGCAUGUGUCAUUUGUUUGGGUCCAUCUAUCUGGGUCAUCUUCCAUAACCAGGAAAUGAACAAAAAAUACGAGCCUGUUUUCUCCUUUGACAUUUCUGUGUUCAUCGCUAUUGCCAGUGCAGGAGGCUUGCUCUUCACAGCCAUUCUCUUAUUCCUCUGGUAUUGUGCAUGCAAAACACUGCCGUCCCCUUUCUGGCAGCCCCUGUAUUCCCAUGCGCCCAGUGUACAUAGCUAUGCUUCCCAACCAUAUUCUGCACGAUCCCGCCAUUCUGCCAUUGAAAUUGACAUCCCUGUGGUUACACAUACCUCUUAAAAAAAGAAGAAGUUGGAAACACCAAACACCUUUUUGCUGUUUCAUAAUGAAGCACUACAGAUCAGGUGACU